AAAACCGCAAACUUGUCUUGUCUCCCUCUCAUUAUUGUUCGAAUCAAUCGAUCCUGGAAUCUUACCUUAAUGGCCGCAAGUCUGCUUCACUUUGGCUGUCUCUUAAAUAUCUAUCCAUCCAUCCAUUUGGGUUUCUUUCUAUGGAUUCAUGUGCCUCAAAUAUCAGAUUUUUCAAGCUAUCCUUUUUUUUGUUUUUAAUGUUCUUCUGGGCCAUUUGAAGCUUCUGUUUGGUUGCUGAGAAAAUCAGACUCGGGAAUCAGGUUGCUUGAAAGUUAAGUGGUAGCGUGGCUGGUUACAAGGAUAAUCCCUUCUAAAUUCUGGGUCUUUUGCUACUUGCGGAAAAUGGAAGAGUGAAGUUAUAGUUGUUGGAUGUGGGAUUUUGAAUUUAAUGCUUGAUCUGAUGAUGGUGUUUGUUUCGUUUGAAUUCUCAGAUAGUUGAGAGUGAAAUGGAUGCGGGGUUUCGUGCUUGCGGCUCAAAUACUUGAAACAGAGAGUUGCCAAUGAAGUUGCAGGAUUUUUUUUUGUUUUGAGCUAGUUUUGUUGAAGACAUGGAUCAGAUACGAAAGACAAUGAUGCAACAUGAAGCUUUGUUUAAGGAACAGGUAAUAGAAGUAGGCUCAUCACGGAUUAUUGCAAUGCUGAUGUCUAUUUCAGAAGCAUUGGUGCUGCUUCUCUUGGACAGUUUGUUCAGUUAAAAGGUUCAGGCACUGCACAAGCUGUACAAUAUCCAGAAAGCAGCAAUGCAGGAAAUAAGGGGAAGAAAUUAUUCUCAGGCACGAGUGCUUGUAUUUAAUCCCGAAAGUCUUGUAUUUGUGGAAAGCCAAUAUUGUGGUUCUGUUUUGGAAAGGAAACCUUCGAGGCCGGUGUUUACUGCUGGUCGAGGACUUAAGAAAGAUCCAUUGGCUCUUUCUUUGCGUCCGUUUUGCACAUUCAAAGAGAUUAAAGGUAGUGGCUUGUUGUGGAUUGAUGGCAUAGGGGAUGAAACUUCCCCUCCUGCUCAUAGAAAACCCGUGAGAGAUUUUGAUCUUGAAAAGGUCCCAGAAGACGAAGCUGAUGAGUCCGCUGAUGUUGAAGGAAUACCAAAGCAAUGGAAAGGAAGCAACUUGCCAGAAUCUACUGAAUUGUUUCAAGAUUUUGGAAGCAGUGGUGAAGUUGAUUCAUUUCCCAAAGAUCCUGUCAAAUGCUCUCAAGAUUCUUCAAUCCUGGAACCAAACCUACUUGACGAGUUCAACAUCCAAAGGUCGAUUCACUUGGAAACAAACACCGAUCUGGCACAGAAAAAUCUGAACUUAACUGCUAUUGCAAAAGACUCUAGCAAUGGAAGCAAUAGCAUUAAAUCCCAGGACACAGAGUUCUGCGAGAAAAAAGACACUUGUGUCAGUAAGGACACCAGUUGCAAGGAAGAUCAGGCAAGCCCCAGAAGCAAGGAAGCCUUCCUGUCUAAAUGUGAAGAAAUUCCCCUAAUAAGCCAACAUGUUUUGGGAUCUUCAGCGUCCUCUACGCACACAGUUUCUGAAAUCAAACACACAGACAGUAAUAGUCAUUCAAACGGUGAACAUGGAUACACUACAAGCCUGGAGAAGACUCCUGUUGUAACAAAGGACAAUUAGAACAAGAAGGGUAAAUCGGUCCUUUAUGAAGAAUGUGAAAGCCUGGCCGCUGAAAUGCUGCUCAGUUUUGCACCUAAUAAAUCACAGGCUGAUGCUGAAAGGCAUUCAGCGGGAGCUGAGUCGGGUAAUUCUUAUGGAGACCUUACAACUACGGAUGAGAAGUCAAGUUUGUGUCAGAAAAGAUGUGCAACCUUUAGCAGUGGUGGUAGAGUUUACGAAUCCUUGAGCUGGACACAUUCAACUAAUAGGAUGAGGACUAUUAAAAGACACCAGCAGUAACUGGUUCCUACUAGAAUUUUUCGAUGUAAGGUUGUUGCUAGUCUUGCCUACCUAUGUAAACAGGAAAUUAUGAAUGUCUUAGUGCAUGUUCUUGUAGGAAUUGGCACUUGUGUUUCAUGUGUAUCUAGAUUGUAAAAUGCAUAUACUAAACCUAUUUCUUUUCAAGUUAUGAGUAAAGAAAAAUUGAUAUUUUGGCUUUCAUGCUUAAA